GUGUGAGGUGUGCACCGAUGUCUGUACUUUCCUGCUGUAUUAUCAUCAUAAACAUUACUGUCCUGAUAUUACACACACACACACACACACACACACACACACACACACACACACUGUGUCUGGCUACCAAUCAUUUACUUAAUUACUAUCUGAGCUCAUAACUGAGUCAAACACACGCAGCAGUGCGAGAUGGAAUAAAAGCUCGUCUGCUCUCUCCGUCUUCAUCCGGAACCGUCCACCAGAGCGAGACGUUCUUCAUCUGCGGGAUCAGGUGAGGAACACAGCAAGAUGUUUUCUAUAAGUUCCAUUUGCACAGUAAUGUUUAGUGAACUUAUUGCUAACAGCUGGAUGAUAUUUGCAGGUUCUUGUGUUCUUCUGAGAUCAUGUGGAGCGCCGUGUUCUGUUUCUCAAUCAUCUCAGCGGUCUCUGCAGCACCGCUCUACAGUUUCCUGCAGCAUUAUGGAAACCCGAUGCAAUCAGGACCGUCCAAUCAGGCUGCGAACGACAUGUUCUCGCCAUUACAUCCCCACGCUGGAAUGACCACGCCCAUCAGUAUGGAGAUUCUUCUUCCACCAAGAUUCCCAGGAUCUGCAGGAGGACAAGGAUCUGGACCUGUGAGUUGAUUACUCACUUUUAAAACUGUGAUUGUGCUGAGACAUGGUAACUGGGGUCUG